UGAUCAACCGUUACAAAUGUUUUUGUCAUACAUAACUGCACUGAUUAUUUACUUAUUACCUUUAUUUUGGUUGGGUACCACUGAGGUCCAGAGCAGAGGCUGAUGGGUAACAUCAAACUACUCUGGUCUCACUCAGCACAGCAAACCGAGACCGAUAUGAUGGAGACAAGACGAUUAAGCUAGUGAGAAUAUUACUACACGUGCCGCCAUAAUACAGUCAGUUCACUUCCAAUGGUUUAAUUAAAAUACAGCGUACCUGUCCAAUUAUAUUUGUUAGCCAUUUUCAUGAAACAAAGUACCAGAAAAGGGGGAAACUGCAAUGUUAGAAUGAAAUAAUAAAAAAAGACCUGCGUAACAUUGGGCUGCAGCUAGGACCGCGGAGACUGAUGGGUACUGAAUGAAAUAUGCAGAUGAAUAAAUGGCUGAAGCUGGUGCUGAGGUCUUGGCUGCCUUUGUGUUGCUCCUCUAAAUUCACCAUCCAGGGAGAGGACGCCAUCAGCACUGUCAACACCUGCAGUUCAGCUGUAGCAUCUCCAUCAGUCAGGUUUUUUUAUUUACCUGUAAGUGCCUAGAUUGGACUGCAAGGUAACUAUCAGUGUUGUUACCAACCUAAGAAAAUCUGUGUGUGGAUGGAAAGAGUCUGACAAGAGGCCCAAUUGCCUGAGGGCCAGGGGAUUGUUGUGUGGCAGCUGAUGUUAAUUGACACAUCUUUCCCUGGGAAAAAGGGGCUCUAGAACCAAGAGGUGUGUAGAAGAGUCAACCCUGAAAAAUAAAACAGACCAGCAUGUUUCAAACCACAGUGGCACAGUCAGAAAACUGGAAGCACCGGUUUCCAUUGGCUUUUUGUGGGGUGACCAGAACUGGCUGAAACUGGUUUGAGGCAGAUUGAAGCUCAUGAACAAUGCAGUCUCUGAGCUACAGAAAGAUAGCUGGCUGCUUCAUGGCAGCCAAAAUAGCAGAGGAGCCUGCAGAAAAGUACCAUCUCCAACAGUAUGGUUGCACACUAGGCACACCAUUUUGGAUUUGUGCUAUACUACGAUUAGGAUCAUGGGGGAUAUGAAGACCCCAGACUUCGAUGACCUGCUUGCAGCCUUUGAUAUCCCAGACAUGGUUGAUCCUAAAGCGGCUAUUGAGUCUGGGCAUGAUGACCAUGAAGGGCAAAUCAAACACAGUGUUCAUCUGGAGGAGGAUUCCCAUGUCCCACCUGUGCCUGACGUUGGGGUCAGUGUCAUUGUCAAAAACAUCAGAAAUGUCGAUGCGACUGAACCAGUGAGUGCGGAAAAGGAAAAUCACUCCACAGGGAAUGGACUUCAUAAUGGUUUCGUGGCCAUGUCUUCCAUUGAUCGCUACACUAAAGAUCCAGGGAAAUCCCUAAAGGGGGAGGGUCAUGGCGUGGUAACCAAAGAGUCUUCUUUCAACCAGUUCAGCCCCAUCUCAAGCGCAGAGGAAUUUGAUGAUGAUGAUGAUGAUAAGAUCGAAGUCGAUGAUCCACCAGACAAGCAGGUAAGCAGGCCUUGUUACCGAGCCAACCCGCUCACAGGAUCUGUGAGUAAGCAAGAGCAAGACAGACCAAAAGGGUUAGGAGGGGACAGCUUGGCCAAACCAAUGCAGAACAAUGAACACAACAAGGUAAAAACGAUGAAAAGGGAAAACAACAAAAACUUGGUCAAUUUAAGCAUGUAUGAACAACCGAAGGCAAGCAAGACUGAAGAGAAGCUCAAAGAGAGUGCUCAAAAGCCACAGGAUGUGAAGGGAAGUGUAGAAAAAACUGGAGUAAAUGUGGCUUGCACGUCACAGGCUAAAGCCAAAUCAUCAGCAAAGCUUUCCUCCUGCAUCGCUGCUAUUGCUGCUCUUAGUGCAAAGAAAGCCACCCUGGAUACUGUCCCUCGGCCUCAGUCUAGCCCUAGUGACUCACCAAAGGAAAUAAAAGAGAGCCUGAGGGUCAUCAACAUGCCCAUGAACCCUCAAAGCCCCAUUGAGACAUCAAAAAAACUAUUUACCAAGCAGCCUGACAGCCCCAGCAGUGUUUCAAGCGAAGGCAGUAGUAAAGGUUCUCCAUCCUCCCUUGCUGGCUCCACACCCGCUAUCCCUAAAGUCCGCAUUAAAACAAUAAAAACAUCCUCGGGACAAAUCAAGAGGACAGUCACAAGUGUAUUGCCAGACUUGAACCGUGAAGUCUGUAAAAAGGGCCUUAAUCAGGCAUCCUCCAUUGUAGUCUCUUCCAUUUUGUCAUCGGCAACAUCCACAACUGUCUUUUCAUCUCCAUCUAGAACUGUGCAGACCACAGUGGUGGCCACCACUGCCAGUUCAACCACCGAAAUGACUUCCAAGCAGGUGACCAUUAAACCAGUAGCCACCGCGUUUCUUCCUGUCUCGGCAGUUAAAACUGCAGGCUCCCAGGUGAUUAAUCUGAAACUGGCCAACAAUACUAUGGUGAAAGCCACAGUGAUUCCAGCCACUUCUGUUCAGAGUGCCAGCAGCGCCAUCUUGAAAGCUGCCAAUGCGAUCCAGCAGCAAACGGUGGUUGUACCUGCCUCCAGCCUCGCCAAUGCCAAACUUGUGCCAAAGACUGUCCAUCUUGCGAAUCUCAACCUCCUGCCUCAGACGUCUACAACCACCUCAGAACUCCGUCAAGUGCUCUCCAAACCACAGCAGCCAAUAAAGCAAGCCAUGAUUUCUACACCGACAGCUAAGAAAGUGUCCAGAGUCCAGGUGCUGGCAAGCUCCCAGAGCUCAGUGGUUGAGGCAUUCAACAAGGUUCUAAGCAGCAUUAACCCAGUCCCCGUUUACGUUCCAAACCUCAGCCCUCCCUCUGCUGCUGGUAUUGCCAUACCCUUCCGUGGUUAUAAAUGUUUAGAAUGUGGUGACUCUUUUGCCUUGGAGAAAAGCCUGACGCAGCACUAUGACAGGAGGAGCGUCCGCAUAGAGGUGACAUGCAACCACUGUGCUAAGAACCUCGUUUUCUACAACAAGUGCAGCCUUCUUUCUCAUGCCCGUGGACACAAAGACAAAGGUGUGGUUAUGCAGUGCUCCCACUUGAUCUUGAAGCCCAUACCAGCUGACCAGAUGAUCGCCUCCCCCUUCCCCACUUCUGUCGUUGCCACAACAGCUAUACAUAAUCCCACAACAACUGUAAACGCAGUGGCAAAAACUGUAGCCGCUGCCCUUAGCACUGUUAUAUCAGCUCCCUCCAGUGCCCCAGUGGUCCCAGCCAUGCCGCUCGAUGAGGAUCCAUCCAAACUGUGCAGACAUAGCCUUAAGUGUUUAGAAUGCAGCGAGGUGUUCCAAGACGAAGCCUCGCUCGCAAUGCAUUACCAGCAAGCUGUAGAAUCAAGUGGACAGAAAACUUGUAAUGUCUGUCAGAUGCUGCUUCCAAAUCAAUGCAGCUUCGUUUCACACCAGAGAAUUCAUCAGCACAAAUCUCCCUAUACUUGUCCUGAAUGUGGAGCAAUCUGCAGGUCUGUCCACUUCCAGACUCAUGUAACCAAGAGCUGUCUGCACUACACCCGCAGAGUGGGGUACCGCUGUGUACAUUGCAGUGUCAUCUAUUCUGACGUGUCUGCCCUCAAGUCUCACAUCCAGGGCUCUCACUGUGAAAUAUUCUAUAAAUGUCCUAUCUGUCCAAUGGCAUUUAAAUCAGCACCAGGCACCCACUCACAUGCCUACACACAACACCCUGGAAUCAAAAUAGGAGAACCCAAGUUAAUAUACAAGUGCUCAAUGUGUGACACCGUGUUUACUCAGCAGGCUUUGUUGUAUUCCCACUUUGAUCAACACAUAACUAAUCAGAAGGUGUCUGUCUUCAAGUGCCCUGACUGUUCAAUGCGAUAUGCACAGAAGCAGCUUAUGCUGGAUCAUAUAAAGACUAUGCACGGCACGCUAAAAUCAAUUGAGGGUCCUCCAAACUUGGGUAUAAACUUGCCCCUAACCAUCAAGCCAACAAACCCAGUUACCACCAGCCAGAUCAACAAGGAUGUGAGUCCUGUCAAUGGGACUGAAAAGGCUGACAAGAAACCUCCAGCAUCUCUAAAGAAAACUGCAACUAUACCUACUUCUCCCAAGAAAGCAAAUAACCCUGGGUGGAUGUGCCGGGAAUGCGACAGGUUAUUCACGCAGCGAGAAGUCUACGUAUCUCACAUGAGGCGAGAGCAUGGAAAGCAAAUGAAGAAGCACCCCUGCCGUCAGUGUGACAAGUCCUUCAGUUCCUCACACAGCCUCUGUCGACAUAACCGCAUUAAACACAAAGGCAUCCGCAAGGUCUACACAUGUCCACACUGUCCAGAUCCAAAUCACACUUUUAGCAAACGGUUAAUGUUGGAGAAGCACAUUCAGCUAAUGCAUGGCAUUAAGGAUGCGGAUGUGAAGAAAAUUACAGGAUCCACCAGCACUGAGGAGGUUCCAGAAAAAGAAGAUCACAAGGCCCCUAGCUCCAAGCGCAAACUGGAAGACACCGUUUUGGAAUUCCGUCCACAAGGAGCAAUAACGCAGCCCCUGAAAAAGCUUAAAAUAAACGUUUUUAAGGUCCACAAGUGUGCUGUAUGCAGUUUUACAACAGAGGACAUUGUCAAGUUCCAUGAGCACAUCCCCCAACACAAAUCUGAUGGCUCCUCCUUCCAGUGCAGAGAGUGUGGCCUUUGCUAUACCUCUCACAACUCCCUCUCCAGGCACCUCUUCAUAGUUCAUAAAUUAAAAGAACCGCAGCCAGUAUCCAAACAAAAUGGGUCUGGGGAGGACAGCCAGCAGGAGAACAAACUAAACCAAGGGAGCAUGGUCUCUGACAGUACCUCGGAUAAAAAGUGCAAGGUUUGUGCCAAGACUUUUGAAACAGAAGCUGCCUUGAGCACCCACAUGAGAACACAUGGCAUGGCUUUCAUUAAGUCAAAAAGACUGAACUCAGCAGAGAAGUAAGAAAUGUUUCAUGAAAAAAAAGAAUAAUAUCCAAAUACUGUUUGUAAGCACUCACAGCAAAGAGUGAAAUGUUCACACUUGCAGUGUUACCUCGUUAUAAGGGUGCCCUUUAUAUCUUUGAAACCAGUUAUAUGGCGGUAUGGUCAUGGCUCCCAUUUGCCCUAUAAUGUCAUUUCACAAUGCAGAACACAACUUACUCUUUACUAGGGCUUCUGAAGACAGCUUUAUAAAGGGCAGCACUGUAGUACAUUUUCAGCUGCUAUACACUUCACUUUAGACCUCUUUUCUCCGAUACACCCCUACAUAAUUACCCUUAAAACCUUUUUCUGUAUUUAAAAUACAAUUUGUGAAUAUUUAAAUAAAAUCUCAAAAAACAUUUUGUACACUUUAGUGUGUAUAUAGGUGUUGAAUGUUUUUAUAGGAUAUUUUCUUUUACAGUGUUUUCUGUGUCAGAAAUCUUCAAUUUCUUGUAACUAUUUGGAAUUGUUUGAUACUGUGAAAUAAGUUAUAGCUUGAGAUUUACUAUAUAACCUCACAAACUGCAGUAUUCCAUAUUUCUAGUGUUGCCUAAUGUCCAAAGACAAAUACUUAGAACAAAAAACUACAAGUCUAGACAUUAUUUAAUCCAUCUAGUUCAAGAUGGACAAUAGGUGUUAUACAUGGGAGGUCAAAAUGUUUGUGACAUCGAAUAGAAAUAUGCCAGACCCUAUUUUAAUGAUCUAAACCACUAUUGAACCUCCAUUUACACAAUGCAGUUUGGGUAGUUGUGUAUCAAAGUUUUGAAAACCUCUGCUGGAACAACUUCCUUACCCGAUAUUGUUCACUUUGAAAUAUUUCUUACAAGGAAAGAGCUACAGAAAUGUAUCUGUCUCAGGGUAAGCUACACAUUAGUAAAUCAAAUAGGUAAUGAGGGCCUUACCAAUUCCAUUGGGAACAGGAGAGCUGGCAAAAGUGAACUGAUAAAAAGCAUACUUUAUGAAAAUACAGGUAGUGAACAAAAAAAUGGAAACACAUGGGUAAAUGAGGGACACCAAGUAUAUUGAAAGCAAGGGCUUCCACACAGGUGUGGCUCAUGCGUUAAUUAAGCAAAUAACAUCCCAGCAUGCUUAGGAUCAUGUAUAAAAAUGCUGGACAGGCCUGGUUGCCUAUAAUUAUGGCUAGCAUGGCUGCAAGUGACUUUGAAAGCCUCAGUGACUUUGAAAGAGGGGUGAUUGUUGGGGCGCGUUUGGCAGGAGCUUCAGUGACCAAGACAGCUCAACUUGCUGAUGUUUCAUGAGCAACUGUGUCUAAGGUGAUGUCAGCAUGGAACUCCGAGGGAAAGACAUCAUUAGCAAAGGGCAACAGUGGGCAGAAGCGCAUACUCCAGGAUCGUGAUAUCCAUGCAUUAAUUCGAAGUGCAAGGCAAAACAGGCGAGCAACUGCAGAUCAAUUGACUGCAAAUUUCAACCUGGGGUGCGAGCAGCCAGUUUCAUCAAAAACAGUCCGCCAAGAACUCCAUAGAGCGGAAUACCUUAUUAAGUGACUUUAUUAAGUGACUUUACAUUGGUGUUUCCAUUUUUUUGUUCACUACCUGUAUAUCCAGUGGCACGAAUAUUUUGACAAUCCCUUGUACUUCAGAAUAAUGCAUUACCGUUAAUGCAUAACAAAACAUUGGGUUGAAUACAUUUACAUAUGCUUUUCUGACAUGCAGUUUACAAUUGUCUUCAAAACAAUCUGUGCGUGGAAAAUGUGUCUGGUUAAAUUUGCUAUCAAAAAUAAUUCUCUGUGAGAGUUUUUUUUAAUUUUUUUUUGUAUUUUUGUUUAGUUUUUGCUUUUAUACAUUAAUGUAUUUCUUUAUAUGAUGUUUUGUAUAUUUGUUUUUUAAAAUAAGUAAUUUUAGUAUAGACAACAAACUGCAUGAGAAGCUGUAACAGUUGUUACCUGGGUCUUAGAAUGUGUCUUGCUGCUGUUAGAUAGGUGUCAGAUGUCAAUGUAUGAAAUGUUUAUGUCAAUAAAAUGUGGAGGUUGCCCACAGUAGAAUCUA